AGAGAGAGAGAGAGAGAGAGAGCGCGCAACCAGAGCACACAUGCUACUGACUCCGUGAUUGCUAGAUAAAGUAGUUUGAAUCUGAAUAGAACGCAAAUUAAUUGUCAGUUGAUAAUGCAUGCUGAACUAUUGGGACUUUAGGUCUGAACACGCAGGAGCUGUUUUAUGCUUUUUGUUAACCCCGGUGUUGGAUAGCCCUAGUUCUGUUUAGUGCGAAAAUCGGCAAGUCGAAACGAUGCUUUCAGCCUAUUAGGUAGAGUGUGGCGUGAAAAGCGACAGGAUGACUCGACUGUGAGGAGAGGAGACCGAGGACGUGUUCAUUGUGGGAGAGCCCUCCUUCCGACAGCAGCACCAAUGUUCUCCCCCGACCAAGAAAACAUCUCCACCACGACAGCCUCCACCAAAGUGCCAGUCAAAUAUGGGGAGCUCAUUGUUCUGGGGUACAAUGGCUCUCUACCCAACGGGGACAGAGGGAGGCGUAAAAGCCGUUUCUCUCUGUGCCGGAGACCAAAGGCCAAUGGCGUGAAACCCAGCACAGUGCACGUAGGCUGCACACCUCAGGCAGCCAAGGCCAUAAGCAACAAGGACCAGCACAGCAUCUCCUACACACUGUCCCGGGCUCAGACAGUGGUGGUGGAGUACACUCACGACAGCAAUACGGACAUGUUCCAGAUCGGGCGGUCGACGGAGAGCCCCAUAGACUUUGUGGUGACAGAUACGGUGCCUGGGGGCCAGAGCCACGGCGACAGCCAGUCGGUCCAGAGCACCAUCUCCCGCUUCGCCUGCCGCAUCAUCUGCCAGAGGAGCCCCCCGUACACGGCGCGCAUCUACGCCGCGGGCUUCGACUCGUCCAAGAACAUCUUCCUGGGGGAGAAGGCAGCUAAGUGGAGGAUGCAGGAAGGCCAGAUGGAUGGGCUGACAACCAAUGGCGUGCUAGUGAUGCACCCGCGCCAUGGCUUCACGCAGGACUCCAAACCAGGCCUGUGGCGAGAGAUCUCCGUCUGUGGCAACGUGUUCACUCUGAGGGAGACCAGAUCUGCACAGCAACGGGGCAAGAUGGUGGACAGCGAAUCCCAGGAGCUGGUGGACGGCUCCCUCAUCGACCUGUGCGGCGCCACCCUCCUGUGGCGCACGGCCGAGGGCCUCUCGCACACACCCACCGUCAAACACCUGGAGGCUCUGCGCCAGGAGCUGAACGCUGGUCGCCCCCAGUGCCCCGUGGGGUUCAACACGCUCGCCUUCCCCAGCCUGCGGCGCAAGGAGGUCCUGGACGAGAAGCAGCCAUGGGCCUACCUGCGCUGCGGCCACGUCCACGGCUACCACGGGUGGGGCGGCCACCGCGACGCCGAGGAGGAGGAGGCGGAGGAGGGUCGGGAGCGCGAGUGCCCCAUGUGCAGGACAAAAGGCCCCUACGUGCCCCUCUGGUUAGGCUGCGAGGCGGCUUUCUACUUGGACGCUGCACCGCCCACUCAUGCCUUCAGCCCCUGUGGCCACGUGUGCUCGGAGAAGACGGCAAGCUUCUGGAGCCAGAUCCCGCUGCCGCACGGCACACACACCUUCCACGCUGCCUGUCCAUUCUGCGUGCAGCAGCUGGCUGGAGAGAGCGGUUACAUCAGACUCAUCUUCCAAGGGCCCCUGGACUAGACGACUGGAAACCCCAUAUACUUCAAGGCUGUGAUUUGACUCCCUAACCAAGCUAUUGGUGGAAACCACCACAAGCUUUGAAAUUUCCGAAUUUUCUUAACUUAAAAUAUUUUGGAGAGCUUUGGAAUAUUUUUUGGCUUCUACUUACAAAUGAAGUGACCUUUCCAGCAGUGCUGUUACAUGUUUGAAUACAGUAUAACUAUAUUUUCACAACAUUAUAACAAUACAGAAAGCUACAGUACUAUACAGGCUCAAUUCUGAGGAAAACGUAAUUAGCAAUACAGUCUGAGGAUGAUUGUGGGACUUGAUGUUUGUUAGUGUAUUUCCAGUUAGAGCAGAGACUAGGCUACUUUGUAAUGCUAGCUGCUAGUUUUUGAAGUGAUAUUGGUGAAUGAUAAUGAAAAUGUUUCACAUAAGUAAUACAUUUUUGGGGUUGAGACAUGAAAGUGCUUGAUGUCUCCUGUUUUACAUGAAUUUCAACAAAGUAUCUUUACAUCAGAAUGUACUACUGUGCAUAGCCUACACAUACAGAGAAUGUUAUUCAAAUUAAAGUAACAUAGGCUUGCCAUCCAGGUAUUUUAUUCACGUUUGAAGGAGUGGUGUGUCAUAGGUGAAAGUGGAGUUAAACUUAAUGAUAAUGAUUACACUUAUAAAUGAGAAGAAAUAUUAAAUUAUCCAUUUGUGCCGCUGUUCAGAGCUGAUGUACAGUAUUUAUGUGUCCACAUUUUUUAUCUAAACUGUCACCUUUAUUUUAAUGAAGCUUACUUUAAGCUAUUCAGCUGUAUCAUGAGUGUUUUUUGACCAACUUGCAUUUAUAUUUGUAUCUUUUUUCCAUUUUAAUCAUGCUUUACCAUCUUCACACCCAGAUACCUUGAUGCAGGAUGUUGAGUAUUGAAACAGCCUACUAUUGCAGCUGUUGAGCAGGAUUGUGUACCAACUGGAAAUAAUAAAAGUUUUUUUCAAUUGUU